UUUUCCUCGGGCAAGGUGUCAUGUUUGGUUGGGGUAUGGGAUUUCUCUUCGUUCCCGCCAUCGGGCUACCGGGGCAGUGGUUCUCGACACGACGAGCGCUCGCGUCGGGGAUCAUGGCUGCGGGGAGCGGGUUUGGAGGUAUGGCGUUUAGUUUGGGGACAAAUGCGAUGAUUCAGCAAAUCUCUUUACCGUGGGCAUUCCGCAUAUCAGCGAUCGUAGCUGGGGUGGUACUUGGGACUGCAAUUCUGUUGUUGAGGAGUCGGGCGAAGCUGGUAGGGGAUAAGAUGCGGCCGUGGGAUUUAGGGUUGUUGAGGAAUACUGGGUAUGUCGCUGUGUUGGCAUGGGGGUUCUUGUCGAUGUUGGGGUACAUUGUUGCUUUGUUCUCGAUCUCGUCGUAUGCUGUGGCUACGGGGAUGACACAAUCUCAAGCAUCACACCUCAGUGCAAUCGUAACGGCGGCGAUGGCGGUUGGACGACCACUGACGGGAUACUACGGGGACCGUACGGGGCGCAUCAACAUGGGCAUCGGAGCGACGUUCUUCGCUGGCUUGACAUGUUUAGUCAUCUGGAUGUUUGGCAGGUCAUAUGGUGUGAUGAUAUUCUUCUGUAUCCUCCACGGCGCCGUCUCGGGAGUAUUCUGGGUCCUCUGCACCCCCAUCACCGCGGAAGUCGUCGGUGUCUCGAACCUCGGCGCAGGACUCUCGAUGCAAUGGAUCAACAUCGUCCUACCCACAACAUUCGCAGAACCAAUCGCCUUAGCACUCGUUCAGCGGAUGAAAGAUGAUGGGAAGAUUGGGGCGGAUUCGUAUUUGGGCGCGAUUGGGUUUGCGGGCGGGACGUUCGUGUUGGCGGCGGUGGUGUUAUGGUGGGUUAAAGUAUGGAAGCAGAGGGAGGUUUUGGGGAAGGAGGCGGGGUGGAGGGUGUUGGGGAAGGUGUGACGGGGAGCGUGUUUGGGCAACAGCAUUUUGAGACAGCAUCAUUCUCCUAUCCAAUACUUAUUUGCAAGCAUCUUUGGUUACUUCACCUGUUCAGCUCCUCACAAAUUCAGCGGCU